AUGUAUGAAAACGAGCAAUCUGAGAGUGAUAGAACCUAUUUGUUAGCAGUUGCUAUAUUUCCUGUAAUUUUUUUAUUGACAACAAUUUACAAAUUCACAUUUUAUGUUGUCAUCGUUAACUAUCAGUUAGAGUCAUUGAAGAAAAUAAUUGUUAAUAUUUUUAAGUCACAACCAUUCAAGAUCGGUGCUGAUUGCGAUGACAGUGUAAUGUCACCAAAAAAGCUAUAUUCUCCUAGUAUUGUGUCUAGAAAAUUAAUAAAUGCAAAAAAAGUUUACAACAUGUUAUACGAAAAUGCAAGCUUAGUAAAUGAUAGCAUGGGAUUAACAAUUUUAAAUUUACUCAUUGUUCUCGUUAUUUCAAUAACUUCAUCAGGAUAUGUGAUUUUCGUACUUUUAGUUGAUGGAAAAGAACAGAAAAAAAUUCCAGAAACAGUUUAUUUUCUUGUUCUUGGACAAACAGUUUUGUGUAUUAUCGUGAUUGCUUGUCAAAAUACUCAGAAAAUAAUGUCGAAACUCGCGACAGCUCUUAGCAAAAUAGAAUGUGAAAACUAUGAAGGUUUAAAAGAGGAAUCUAGAGAAUUUAUUCAUAAAUUUUAUAUGCAGUUGUGUCAGCAGCCCAUUAUGUUUACAGCGUAUGGGUUCUAUAAUAUUAAUUUGGCGUUAUUAGCAAGCAUUACCACUGGAAUUGUAUCAUAUCAAAUUAUUUUGGUUCAAUUUCAUUCAACUCCAUCAUCAUAA